AUGUCCCAGCCAAGCGAAGAUCUAUCCGUGCGGCCUCAAAUCCCCGAUGACAAGCUAGUCUUGUACGUCAAAAAAUCGAGUCCCACAUCCACGGCCAACGCCGUGAAGCCGCUGAUGCUCAUUCAGGCCCUGAAAAUUCCUCACGAACUUCAUAUCAUCAAUUCAACCAGCAACGAAACAUGGUUUCACUCGAUCAACCCUUAUAAGAUGGUCCCCGCCAUGGAGGACGUCGAAAUUUACCAGGUCAACGGCAAGCCGCAGCGGCUGAACAUUUUCGAUAGCUCUGCAUGUCUAACUUACCUGGCGGAGAAGUACGACCAAGAGGGACUUUACAAUGGCAAAGACCUCUGUGAACGAACCAUUGUCAUGAACUGGUUGAUGUCCUACACUGCGGGGUUGGGUGCAACCGGCAAGAUUUGGCUUUUGAUGAAAGCACCGAAGCCAGUGGAUAUUGGCGAAUCUCUUUCGGUGUUGCUGAAAUACAUUUGCACCGAGUAUCAGUUCCUGGAAACUCGGCUGAAUGAACCUGGCCAGCAUUACAUAGCUUUGCCCGACAGACCGACCAUUGCGGACUUUGCCAUCUUGCCUCUUGCGAAUGAAACUAUCGCAACGUCCGCCAAGCUGGACUUUGGCCAAUGGCCAAAAUUGAAGGAGUGGAGUGAGAAGAUGAGAGAGCUACCGCCGGUCAAGGAGGCUUUGAAUAGAAUCUCUCGGAUUGGAUUAUCCGAUGAAGAGCUCAUGGAGCUGGAUCGCAAAGAUUAG